GGGAUGCUGCGUGCCAUAAGAACUACCAAGGAAUAAAAUAUUGCAUUUCCGAGAGAAAACGAAGGAAAAAAAAAAGGAUGGAAAUUCGCCGUUGGACUGACUUGCACAAAAACGUGGUUUCUUGUCAUCUCUCUCAAAUCGCGUUUCCUUUCGUUUCAUUUUGAUCGUACAGUGGCAAAUUUCCCCCGAGGAGCAGCUGCCCGGUUCACACUCUGCUUCUUCUUUUGCCUUCCAAUUUCGGGAUUUAGAUGAAAAUCUGCAGCAAUCCAUGACCACCUAUGAGCCUUCCAUCUCCCCCAGUGAUAACCUGAAAGGUUUCGUUCUUGCCAUGUGCUCCAGCGCCUUUAUUGGGUCCAGCUUCAUUAUCAAGAAGUUGGGUCUUCGGCGGGCCGGCGCGUCGGGUUCUCGAGCGAGUUCUGGUGGAUAUGGGUAUCUAUUAGAGCCACUUUGGUGGAUCGGCAUGGUAACCAUGAUUGUUGGAGAGUUUUCCAAUUUUGUGGCUUAUGCUUAUGCUCCUGCCAUUCUGGUGACGCCACUUGGAGCAAUAAGUAUAAUUGUUAGCAGUGCUGUACUUGCACAUUUUUUCUUGAAGGAAAAAUUGCAGAAAAUGGGUGUAUUGGGGUGUGUUUUAUGUGUCGUAGGGUCUACAAUGAUUGUGCUCCACGCGCCUGGUGAACGUACUCCGAGUUCAGUGGAUGAGAUAUGGGAACUAGCCAUUCAACCAACUUUCCUUCUCUAUACGGCCUCAGUAGUAGCUAUUGUGUUGUUCCUGGUGUUGUAUUGUGAACCUCGCUAUGGACAGACAAACAUACUCAUUUAUAUCGGCAUAUGCUCCAUAAUUGGAUCUUUGACGGUAAUGAGCAUCAAAGCUAUUGGCAUUGCAAUCAAACUCACAAUGGAGGGUUGGAGUCAGGUUGCUCACUUCCAAACAUGGGUCUUUGUAAUGGUUGCAAUCUCAUGCAUAAUUAUUCAGUUGAAUUAUUUAAACAAGGCUUUGGACACAUUCGACACUGCAGUUGUCUCACCAAUUCAUUAUGCAAUGUUCACAACUUUCACGAUAUUUGCCAGUGUCAUAAUGUUCAAGGAUUGGUCUGGUCAGAGUGCUAGCAGCAUCGUUUCUGAACUCUGUGGAUUUGUAACCAUACUUUCUGGAACUUUGGUCUUGCACGAUACGAGAUCAGCCAAUCCAGCCUCUGUUUCAGAGAUGUACAUGCCUGUCUCACCUCAAGUGUCAUGGUAUUUCCACGCAAACGGCGAUACCUGGAAGCGGAAAUCUGAAGAAAUACUAUUGCCAGAUUUUGAUGCAAUUCUCAAACAAGACCAUUUCACAUGAAAUGAAAGGUAUCAUUAGGUUCCUAUUGCAUCUCCACUGCACACAAUUAACAGAUGCAACCAAAUUUUGGGAGAAAUCUGCAUGUAGUUAGUUUCUUACAUUAUUACUGAGUUAUUUGGUAGAGCGGUUACAAUGGAGUUUCAUUUUCUUUCUCCGCUUGGCCGCUUGAGAUUGAAGAAUGGGUAGAGCUUGCAAUGUAGUAUGUUCUUUGUAACAAUUCAUUUGUUCCUGAAUAGGUCACUGGAUUGGAAACACAGCUUCUUCCCCUCUUUUUAUCUUUAGGCCUCACAUCUCCCCUCUCUUAUAACAUUAUUUUGUAAAGUAGAUCAAAGUUGUGGAUGGAAAAUGUAAUCUGCCGUGUAUUUUUUUUCCCUUGGCCAAGGAAAUGUGACAUAUUGCUGCUAAAGCUGACUUUGAAUGCAAUUCCUAUGUUAAAAAGUUCUGGU